AUUUAAUUAAGGAUAACAAGGACAUGUCUGAAAUUUAAAUUGUCAAAAACAGAAUGCCAUCAGAGAAAUGUUGGAAUUUUUCGAUAAUAAUUAUCUUGAUUAUUGUGGAUAUUGCAACAUGUGCACGUCCAAGAUUCGAUUCAUCAACAGACAUGGGAUUGGUACUUGUUCCAGCAGAUGCAGAAGUAGAUUCUGUUAUAUUUCGUUUACGUGCAACAGAUCAAGACACAGAUUUUCCACUGGUCUUUGAAAUAACUGGUUAAUAUUUGUUCUCUGUUGUGAGAAUAGAAAAUUUACCAUGUACAUUGUACAACAAAGUAUGCUCGGCAAAUGUAAUAUUAACAAAAAGACUGAUUGCCGGAAGAUUUCAUGAUUUUGCUGUUAGAGUUAGAGAUUCAAAGGGUGAUUCAAAUUCAAUGCAAGCAACUAUUUCUGUUACCAAUGCAACCACACAACGGGAUAAAAUAUUUCCACAUAUACCAGCACUCAUUAUGGUACCAGAGAAUGCAAAACCGGGUAAAGAAUUGGACUAUGUAUUGGUGAGAUCGAAUCCUUGGAGUGGAAAGCCAGUUUACAUUGAGCUAUGGCAACCAAAAGAAUUGUUUACAAUAAAACAAAGACAAACACCAGCACAAACUCGUGGAAUAAUAACACUUACUGGUGAAUUAGAUUUCGAAACCCAAACAAUGCAUACAUUAACAAUUUACGCGACAGAUCCAUACACUGAGCCACAUAAAGACACAAGAAAUAUUGCUGGUCUUCAUCUUGUUGUGAUUGUCCAGGAUGUUCAGGAUGUACCUCCAAUAUUUACACUUGCUCCACCACUAACAAAAAUUAAUAACACAAUACAACCUGGGGAUGUUAUUCUGAGGGUGCAUGCUGAAGACGGUGACAAAGGUGUACCACGUGAAGUAACUUAUGGUCUUGUAUCUGAAGGAAAUCCAUUCACUAUAUUUUUCAAUAUAUCAGAGUCUACAGGUGAAGUAAUUCUUGCAAGACCACUGGAAGAGUUAACAAAAAUAACUCACGUUGGUGCACCAAUUGUACUGAGUAUUGUUGCUGAAGAAAUACGAAGAUCAAGUGAUGAGCCACCAGCCCAAGCAACAGUAGUUGAAGUUGGGCUACUUCUUGGUGAACCAGGAAAUAGUCCACCAUCAUUUGAUAACGAUAAUUAUGUCGCUUGGAUGGAUGAAAAUGCUGAGCCUGGAACAACAAUAAUAUUUACCGAGCCAUAUUCAACAAAAGUUAGUGAUGAAGAUAUUGGAAAAGCUGGUGUAUUUGCGCUAAAACUUGGCAAUAAUAAUGGAACGUUUGAAAUAAAUCCAACAGUUGCUGAAAGAUCAGUUAAAUUUAUUUUAACAGUCAGAGAUAAUUCCCUGAUUGAUUAUGAACUUCACAAAAGUUUGAUAUUCAAGAUAAUUGCUCAAGAAGUUGGUCCAGCAACAAAUUUAUCAACCUCUGUACCAGUUACAAUAUUUUUACGAGAUGUCAAUGACAAUCCUCCUGAAUUUCAAGAAAAAAAAUAUGAAAUAACUGUAUCAGAAAAUAUAACUGCUGGAAGUAGAGUGCUACAAGUACAUGCAACAGAUAAAGAUACUGGUUUAUUUGGAAGGAUUCAAUAUACAAGAAUAAUUGGAGCUGGAGCUGAAGCAUUUUUGAUAAAUCCAGUAACUGGAGUUAUUACUAUUGCAAUGGGAACAAAUUUAUUAGAUCGUGAAAUGACAGCACAACUUCAACUUACAAUUGAAGCUAGAGAUGAAGAUGGCAAAGGCUUAAGAGGAACUGUUUCUUUUAUUGUUAAUUUGCUAGAUGUCAAUGACAAUCCUCCAGUAUUUGAAAAAGAUAAUUAUCAAUUUAUUUUAAAUAUGGAUUUAACUAAUUUUUCUACACCUGCAUUUAUCAAAGCAUUUGAUGCUGAUGCUGAGCCACCAAAUAAUAUUGUGCGCUAUGAAUUAAUUCAAGGAAAUUAUGAUAAUCAAUUUUUUUUAAAUGAAGAAACUGGAGAAUUAACUUUACGUAAACAAAUAACUAAAAUUCGAUAUACGAGACAUAAUAAUCAUAGAAAAAUAUCAACGAUAACAAAAUUGUUAGAUCGUAAAAAAAGAGAUGAUAAAAAUAUUCUUUAUACAUUAACUGCAAGAGCAUAUGAUUUGGGUGUACCACAUUUAUCAACAACAACAGUAAUAAAUAUUAUUGUAAAUCCCUUGGCUGGAUCAAGAAAAGUAAUGUUUGUUGUACCAGGUGAACAUCCAGAUCGUUCAAAAUUAGCAAAUACUCUUGAGACAAUAACUGGUGGUAAAAUAACUGUUGAAUCAAUUGAGCCAUAUGUAUCAGGAAGUCUUCCAAAUAAUUUUCCAAAUGCACCACCAACUACAGAUGGUGUAAAAAGGAGUAUUGUCAUUGCUCGUGUUGAACAAUUAACAAGUGAAAAUUCAUUAGUUGAUAUUGAUAAAAUUCGUGCUGUUCUUGAAGCGAAUGGUGUCAAUGUUAUUCAUGGUGACAUGUCGAAUGAAAGUAUGGAAAUACCAAUAGCAAAAAAUAUCAAUAUCACAGUUAAUUCAAAUAAACCAAUAACAACUGUACAAUCUGACGAAGUUAUAGUUUAUCGUGCUGAAAAUAAAGUGUUAUUUUGGCUGUUGAUGAUACUUGGAUUAUUAUUACUAUUGACAAUAAUUGGAUUGAUACUUUGUUGUGUAUGUCCAAGAUGUCCUUUUUACAUGUCACCAAGAAAAAGAAGAAUUCAUUCAUCAGAAACAAUAAUAGCACGUUCAGAUGGUAGACCAAAACGACAUCUUCAUCGUCGUCCACCAGCAGUUAUUGAAGGAACAUGGGAAGAAAAAAAACAAGCAUGGAGUGCUGAUGCAAGAACAUACUGGCAAUUUAAUCGUCGUAAUGGAAAUAAUGGUGGAAUAGCAUCACUACCUGGUGAUGUAGCAAGAGUACAUGAUUACAGAGAUAGAAAUCAGCCACAAAAAGCAAUGUCAUUACGUUUAAAUAAUCGUGAUAAUAAUUUACAAAUGUAUGAACAACGUUACAAUGAACAAGAAAGAAUUUAUAUUGAAGAUAUUGAAAUGCAAAAACCACGUUAUUAUGAUCAAAGAGAUAUUGAUUCAUUGCGUCAGCAUGAAUUUGAAAAAGGAUCAUAUAAAAAUCGUGAUUCAUUUAAACAAUUACGUGAUCAACAUUAUUAUCGUGAUGGUAAUACAGAAAUAAUGAGACUUGUUACGAGAGAUGGAGUUGAUGAAACAACAGCAACAAUGCAUAGACAUCCAGAAAUUAUUAUAAAUGAUCAUCCAAGUGUUCAUCGUGUUGAUGGUAAAGAUAUAUUGUUACGUAGAUUUAUUGAAGAUCAAAAAUUACGUGGUCAGGAGUUUCAAGAUGUGCAUGAUGUUGAAAGACAAAGUAUGGAUUCACAUCAAAGACAAAAGAAAACAUUUAUACAACAGCAAGAAGUGUUGAUAAUACCUGAUAAAUUGGAUCAACAUGUUGAAGAGAUUGGUCCAGAUGUCCAGAGAUUAAUAAUGAAUCAUGGAAAUUAUGAAAUUGAUAAAAGUGUUAAGCAAAAGAUGCAACAGGAUAUUUUGACGAGUACGAGCCUGUUGAUUCCAAUGGCAAAGACAUCGAUGAAUAGAACGAAAGAGCAGAUGGGUAGUAGUAAGACAUUAAAUGCUCAGUCUUAUGUGGGUCAUGAUUUUGAACUUGCACGACAAAAUGCACUGUUGACGAGGAUAUUAUUAGAACGAGAUGGUAGAAUUGGUGGGUUGAUUGAUUCAGCAAGUUAUUUGGAGACUCAAAGUUUACCUGGACAAGUUGCAGCUGGUACACAGACUGAUCAAUCAGCUGCUACACAGACUGAACCAAUUAGAAGUCGAAGUGACAAUGAAGAAUCUGAGGAAGAUGCUAGAGGCAGAAGAAAAUUGAAGCUUAAAAAAAGAUACAAUGAUGAGGUUAAACGAACAAGAACAUCUUGGAUUAGAUCACCAAUUCAAGAGGAAGAUCGACAGUAUAUAGAAAAACAAAAAAUUGGAUUUAGAAAAAAAACAAGAGAUAAUAAAGAUACAAGAAAAAUUGAACCUGAAGUUCUCAAAGAAAUAUCAGAUUCACUUGAUGAAACUGGAGAUAUUUCUGCGUCUUCUAGACAAUUUAUUGACAGUGCAAAUUCUCAAGAUAAUGAAGAUAUUGAUAAAUAUAAAAAUGAAAAUAAUGAUAAUAGUUUACAGCAAAAAGAACAGGUUAAAAUUUCUGAUGAAAAAUCUAAAAAAAAUCAUGCAUUAUCAAUAAGUACAGCAAGCUCAGAAAUUGAAGAGAUAAUGGAAAAAUUACAGAGGAAAAAUUCAAGCAAAAAAGAUGGAGGAAAAAUAAGAAUGAAAAUUGGAAAAGAAAUUCAUCCAAAGCUACGAAGACAAAAGAAAAUUGAGAUGAAAGAAAAAAAGAAAAAAUCAUGGAGCAAUGAAUCGGGAUCAGAAAAACAAAUGUCACCAAUAAAAUCAGCUCGUUUGACGAAAAAUCAUGAUGAUUAUGAUGAGUCAAAAAAAUUAGAUAAACCAAGUGAAAAGGGAAUUAAAAAUUACAUUGAUAAUGCAUCAAGAUCAACAAAAGAAAUAUUAAAAAAAUUAACUGUAAAUAUGUCUAGUGAAAGUGCUGAUAAGCUUGAUGACACUGAGACAAGUCCAGAAAAAAUAAUUCAAGAUAGUUCAAGAAGUACAGAAGACUCAUUGGGAUAUAUUUCUCCAGAAGAAUUGAGCAGAAAAAAUAGUCAGGAAGCAAAAGAAAAUGAAAAAAAAAUAGAAAAUGAAGCUGAAGUUGAUGAAGAACCAGUUGACAAGGGAUCGACUAUGAAAUCUUUUUAUUCGGCGGCUUCUUUUGUUCAUACAAUGUCAACAAGAGCUCUAAAAUCCCAAGAGUCUGAUACAAAAGUUUCAGGGACAAGGGAAUCUGUUGUUCAAGAAGGUGAAGUACCAGUUGAUGAAAAAAUUAAUUCAGCAGGAGAAUCUAGUGUACAAAACAUGGAAAAUUUAGAAAAACAAAAAGGGGAAAUUGACAAUCGAGAAACUUUAAAUUUAGAUGAUAAAGAAUCUGAUGAUUUGAUGACAAUUAAAUCAAUGGAUUCGGCAGUGACAGUGAUGGGGAGUAUUAAAGAAAUGAUGAAAAAAGCUCAAUCUGAUGAAUCAAAUUUUGUAGAUGAUGCAAAAUUAAUUGCUGAAGAAGCUAAAGAUUUUAUUGAAGAAAAACAUUCAAUAAAACAAGAAAGUAGUGAAAUAGUAGUAAAAAUUGAGGACAGCAUUGAAAAAUUAACUGGCAAGAAAAAAAAAUCAAUACGAGAAUUGUUAGACAAAGAAAAAGAAGAAGAAAAAAUUCCAAAAGACGAGGAGAUUAUGAUUUCAGUGGAGUCUCUUGAACAUCAAAAACAAAAAGCAGCAGUUGAAUCAGUAUCACCUGUCGACAUUUUACCAGCAAACUCACAAGUAUUGAUUUUAGAAGAGCCUACAUUAAAAAGUGCCUUAGAAAAUGUAAAUAUAAUUGAAAAAAAAAAUGAUGAUGAUACUUCAAUGAACAACACAUCAACACAAGUUAAAAUUAAUUUACAAGAAGAGUCAUUUUUAGCUGAUGAAUUAAUGACAGUUGAAAAAAAUUCUGAUGCUCCAGAUGUUCUACUAAAUGUCGAUCAAUCAUCAGAUACCAUUGAAGAUGACAGUGAUGUGUCAAGUGAAUCAUCAACAAAAACUGCAUUUACAGCUCGUCCAUAUGGUACACCACGUCAUCGUCACUUGAUAAGACUUGAUCAGUCAAUUGACGAUGACAUUGAAGAUAUGAAAAAUUUAAAAACUGAUGAUUUAACUUUGGAAAAUAAUGAAGAAAUAAUUAGCGUUGUUAUGACAGAGCCAGGUGAUGAAAAAUCAUUCGAAAAAAUGGAAUCUAUUUUAUUGGUAAAUAAAAUUGAAGAGCCAACAACAAGUACAGCUGAAAAUACAGGAGAAAUGAUGAAAGAAAAAAUAGCUGAAGAAGCUAAUAAAAGUUCAAUGAAGCUGAAUGAAGAAGAAAUAAAUAAUGAAUCAACUUUGAUGAAGAAAAUUACUCUAAAUAGCUCUGAUGAGUCUAGAAAAUCAACGGCAAGUAGUAGCAGUACAACAGGCAGUAGUAAUAAAUCAACAGAUAAAAAAACGACAGCUUUUAAAGAUAACAACAGCAAGGCCAUGAAAUUAGAGAGUACAAAAAAAAUACAAAGAUCAAAUAGUCAAAGAAUAACAAAAGAUAAUAAUAUAAAAAAACGUGAAAGAUCUAAAAGUCCAAAUAAAAUAACAAAAGAAGAAUUAACAGAAGCUCAAUCACGUUAUAUGGAAUGGUAUAAACAAAAUCGUGAAGAAAUGGAACGUAAAAAAUUGGAAAAAUUUGAUAAUGAAAUUGAUGAACAGCCACCAAAAUGGUUACGUAAAAGUACACGUCAAAGAUGGUUAAAAAUGAGUCCAGAAGAUCGUAAAAUAUUUGACAUACAUACACCAGAAAUAACACCAAAAUUACGUAGAAAAAUAAAGCCGUUAAUAAAUAUUGAAUCUGAACAACUUAGAGCAAUAAUUCGACAAGGUAGACAAUUACGUCGAGCUGAAGGUGAUAAAAAUAAUGAGCCAGUAAUUGAAAUAUAUGCACCAGAUAAACCACCACCACCACAAUUGCCACCUCCUCAAUCAUCAACAUCAUCAACAAUGACAAGUGGUAUAUUACCACAGCCAAAAUAUCAUUACCUCAUUCAGCAUUCUGAAUAUAAUUUUGAAAGAAUACCAGCACCAUUUUAUCUUCAUCCACCAUCAUCAUCAAAUCAAUCACCUCAAUUAUCACCUCAACAAUUUGAAGAAUCAUCUGAGCUAUUGUCAGAUAAUAAAUAUGAUGAUAUUGAUAAAAAUUGUGCUCCUGGAAGAUUACGACAUCAACAAUUGUUAGAAAAAAAAAGUGUAUUUGAUAUUGCUUACAGUGAAGCAUCACCGUCUCAUUUACGAGCAGACAGUACAACUCCUCCAUCAUAA